GGCAAUUAAAAUAAUAAAUAAAUAAUAAAUAAAUAAAAGGCGUUAUUUCUAUAAAAGUAGAGCUUAUAAAGAGGUUUUCUUCGUUUUUUGAAUACAUUACUGUGAUUAUUUGUUUAUCUUGACGUCUACCUCUAAUAAUUUGCUGGAAAUAGUAAGCUGGAACUUUUAAACUUAUCUUUUAUAUCUUAGCAAGCUGUGAGUUCACAAGUGCAAGAAUAUGUCGAAGCAAAAAGCAGACGAAUCAACAAACAAAUAUUCAAUUUUGCUACCUACUUACAAUGAAGUGCAGAACUUACCAAUUAUCAUUUACCUUAUAGUGAAAUACAUGAACAAGAGCAAUUAUAACUACGAGAUUAUUGUGAUCGAUGAUGGUAGUCCAGAUGGUACUUUAGAAGCAGCUGAACAACUUCAGAAAAUUUACGGUGAAGAUAAAAUUGUGUUAAGACCAAGAGCAAAGAAACUGGGUCUCGGAACUGCUUAUAUUCACGGUAUCAACCAUGCUACUGGAAAUUUCAUAAUUAUAAUGGAUGCAGAUCUUAGUCACCAUCCAAAAUCUAUUGCGGAAUUUAUAGAGAAACAGAAGUCCGAUAAUUGUGACAUAGUCUCCGGAACACGAUAUGUCAAAAGUGGAGGAGUUUAUGGAUGGGAUUUCAAGAGAAAAUUGGUAUCCCGAGGAGCAAAUUUUUUGACGCAGUUGUUGUUAAGACCUGGUGCAUCGGACCUUACAGGAUCAUAUAGGCUCUACAAGAAGGAUGUUUUAGAAAAACUAAUUAAAAGCUGCGUGUCUAAAGGAUAUGUCUUCCAAAUGGAAAUGAUCAUAAGAGCAAGACAGUUUGGCUACAAAAUAGGAGAAGUUCCGAUAACAUUUGUGGAUAGAGUAUACGGGGAAUCGAAAUUGGGAGGUUCCGAAAUAAUUCAGUUCGUCCGGGCAUUAUUAUAUCUUUUUGCAACAACAUAAAAAAACUGAAAUAUUUAAUGAAUUAAAUUUUUAAUAAUUUCAUACUGAUUGUAAUUUAUAUAGUCCUAAAACAGUAAAU